CCGCGCCCGCCAGAAGCGAGGACACUAACUGGAGUGAAAUGGAAGCCUCUGUUAUAUUACCCAUUCUGAAGAAGAAGCUGGCCUUCCUGUCCGGAGGAAAGGACAGACGAAGUGGCCUCAUUCUGACAAUUCCAUUAUGCCUUGAACAAACAAAUAUGGAUGAAUUGAGUGUCACUUUGGACUAUCUACUCAGCAUUCCAAGCGAAAAGUGUAAAGCUAGAGGAUUUACUGUGAUUGUAGAUGGCAGAAAAUCACAAUGGAAUGUGGUGAAAACAGUAGUCUUAAUGCUACAGAAUGUUGUUCCAGCUGAAGUGUCCCUUGUUUGUGUAGUGAAGCCAGAUGAGUUCUGGGAUAAGAAAGUAACACACUUUUGUUUUUGGAAAGAAAAGGAUAGACUUGGCUUUGAGGUUAUUUUAGUGUCUGCCAAUAAAUUGACUCGUUACAUUGAGCCAUGCCAGUUAACAGAAGAUUUUGGUGGGAGCCUCACCUAUGAUCACAUGGAUUGGUUAAAUAAGAGGCUGGUUUUUGAGAAGUUUACAAAGGAAUCUACUUCAUUAUUAGAUGAACUUGCUUUGAUUAACAAUGGUAGUGAUAAAGGAAAUCAGCAAGAGAAAGAAAGGUCCGUGGAUUUAAACUUUCUUCCAUCAGUUGAUCCUGAAACAGUUCUUCAGACAGGACAUGAAUUGUUAUCCGAAUUACAGCAGCGUCGAUUUAAUGGCUCCGACGGAGGAGUCUCAUGGUCUCCUAUGGAUGAUGAACUGCUUGCCCAGCCACAGGUUAUGAAAUUAUUAGAUUCACUCCGAGAGCAGUAUACUCGCUACCAGGAAGUCUGUAGGCAGCGUAGCAAGCGCACACAGUUAGAAGAGAUUCAACAGAAGGUGAUGCAGGUCGUGAAUUGGCUUGAAGGACCCGGAUCUGAACAGCUGAGAGCCCAGUGGGGGAUUGGUGACUCCAUCAGGGCUUCCCAGGCCCUGCAGCAGAAGCACGAAGAGAUCGAGAGCCAGCACAGUGAAUGGUUUGCAGUAUAUGUGGAGCUUAAUCAGCAAAUUGCAGCACUCUUAAAUGCCGGAGAUGAGGAAGAUCUGGUGGAACUGAAGUCCCUGCAGCAGCAACUUAGUGACGUUUGCUAUCGACAGGCCAGUCAGCUGGAAUUUAGGCAAAAUCUCUUGCAAGCAGCUCUAGAAUUUCAUGGUGUUGCCCAAGAUUUGUCUCAGCAGUUGGAUGGCUUAUUAGGGAUGUUGUGCGUAGAUGUAGCACCAGCUGAUGGAGCAUCGAUUCAGCAAACUUUAAAACUGCUUGAAGAGAAGCUGAAAAGUGUUGAUGUAGGAUUGCAAGGAUUGUGUGAAAAAGGUCAAGGUCUCCUGGAUCAGAUCUCCAAUCAGGCAUCCUGGGCCUAUGGAAAGGAUGUAACCAUUGAAAAUAAAGAAAAUGUGGAUCAUAUACAAGGAGUGAUGGAAGAUAUGCAACUUAGAAAACAAAGAUGUGAAGACAUGGUAGAUGUGCGAAGGUUAAAGAUGCUUCAGAUGGUGCAGCUAUUUAAAUGUGAAGAAGACGCUGCCCAGGCUGUCAAAUGGCUGAGUGAACUGCUGGAUGCUCUCCUUAAGACCCACACGAGACUGGGCGAUGAUGCCCAGGAAACGAAAGUUCUCCUGGAAAAGCAUCGAAAAUUUGUUGAUGUUGCACAGAGCACUUAUGACUACGGGAGACAGUUGCUGCAGGCCACGGUGGUGUUGUGCCAGUCUUUGCGCUGCACCUCUCGGUCCUCUGGGGACACGCUUCCUCGCCUGAACAGAGUGUGGAAACAGUUUACAGUAGCAUCUGAAGAAAGGGUGCAUAGGCUGGAGAUGGCUAUUGCAUUUCACUCAAAUGCUGAAAAGAUUUUGCAGGACUGUCCAGAAGAGCCUGAAACUAAGAUAAAGAUGAGGACGUGGCACAGUGAGAAGUGGAUCCAAGGGGAAAAGUUGUAUUGGCUCUUGGCAACUGCUGGAAUUGAGACCUGGGACCCCACGAAGCAGCCAAAGCCACCUGGCCAUGCAGGAGGAGAUGGCAAGAAGCUCCAGAGCUCUGAAGCCAGACACUGCACAGUUUUCUGA